AUGGCGGUCUCGAUGCCUACCGACGACAAUGAAGCAGCGUACACCGAAGACGCGCAGCCAGUUCGAAAUGCAAAUUCACGGCCGGCAUACUUUCAGUCGACCGUGCAAGAGAUUUUGUUCAUAGCAGCCGCGACAAUGGCGAUUGGGAUGUCGUCAAUGCUCGCUGGCUCGAUCACUGUCACUUCAUCGUUCGUGGGUGAGUCACUGAACAUGUCGACUGCAGAGAUUACAUGGCUAUACUCUUCAAGCUCGCUGAGUAGUGGAGCCUUUCUGCUAUUUUUUGGCAUGGUGGCUGAUCUAUUUGGUCGUAAACUUAUGUUCGUAACCUCUAUGCUACUUUUCUCCCUCUUCUGCCUGGCCGCUGGCUUCGCUCAAAGCGCAAUCAGUAUAGAUGUGCUCAAUGGCGUUCUCGGUCUCUCUGCUGCUUCAGCGGUUCCGCCCGCGGUAGGUCUGUUGGGUGCGAUCUAUCACCAACCCGGACCGCGAAAGAAUGCCGCUUUUGCGAGCUUCGCGGCUGGCAAUCCCAUCGGAUAUGCGUUCGGUACAAUCGCUGGCGGCGUUACGACCAGUCUUUUCGGCUGGCGCGCAUCUUUCUGGUGGACGGCUAUCCUCAUCUUGAUCUUUACAGUGGUGUCAUAUUUCAGUGUGCCACGCGAGACCAGCAUCAAGCAACCACUGACAUGGACAACACUCAAACGUUUUGAUGUCGUCGGAACGAUAUUGACUGUUUGCGGCAUCGGGAUGUUCACUGCGGCACUAAGUUUGGGCCAAACUGCGCCACAAGGCUGGAGCACAGGGUAUGUUCUGGCUUUACUGGUAGUCGGAAUGGUCAUGAUCAUCGCGUUCGUCUUCUGGGAGAUGCGCUUCGAAAAUCCUCUCAUGCCCAUGCACAUAUGGAAGGAUCGCAACUUCACGCUGGUCAUGUCGAUUUUAAUGCUAGGUUGCAUGUCAUUUACACCCUCGGCAUUCUUUCUGGCUCUGUAUUUCCAGAGCGUGUGGCAAAGGUCAGCAAUCUUGGUCGCAGUCUAUCUCCUGCCGAUGGCUAUCAAUGGACUUCUUGUCAACGUCUUUGCAGGAUUCUUCCUACACAAAAUCUCGAACAAGAUUCUGAUGCUUGCCGGAGCCUCUGCAUAUGCAAUAGCAAACCUGCUCUUUGCACUCAACACUUACGAUUCCAGCUAUUGGGCAUUCUGUUUUCCUGGGCUCGUCAUCCUGGUCGUUGGGGCCGAUUUGGAAUUCAACGUCGCGAAUAUGUUUGUCAUGUCUUCAAUGCCGACAUCUCAGCAGAGCCUUGCGGGCGGGAUCUUCCAGACUGUCACGAAGCUCUGUGUUGCUGUUGGGUUCGGUAUAGCUACGGUAGUGUAUGACGCUGUGGAAAUGCACCCGAGUUUGUCGACCUAUUGGGAUGAGCCAACUCGGCCCUUCGCCGCGGUGUUCUGGACAUCGUUUACGUUUUCUGUGCUCGGCAUAUUGCUUGUUCCAUUCUUGACGAUCGGGACACAAGGUGGGCAGGCAAGGAAGCCCGAGAGCGAAGAUACCGAGGUUGCAAUUAACGAGAAGGGAGCAUCCGUGGGUGCUGCAAACUCACAGGUCAUCUUGGAGACGAAACUGUCGAAAUCAAUGUCCUGA